AUGUUCUCAAUAGUUAAAAACCUCUUCGGUCGUCCUACUGCGAGUAAAGUUGAGGACGAGUCCUCCGAUGACGACUCGGCCGGUCUUGAGAAUCCCUCCAACGGCCAGGCCGUCACUGAGUGUGCCCUCGACUUGCUCAAGGGGGAUUUCUUCGUUUUAGAUGGUGGGGAGUGGACGAGUCUUGCCGAUGGGUUAUGCAGCGUAACCUUCGAUGAGGCCUUGAGGAAAAUGUAUGUCACGCAAGAGGAGGAAGGAGUGGAAGAAGUCUUCAAUGCACAGCAGAUGGUCAGCGUACAGCAUUACGACGAUCCCGACGAUGGCUACCCGUGCGUGCAGUGGAUAGUGGUGACAAAGAGCGACAACAUGAGCGAAUGGGGCCUCAAAUUCCGAAAUGAAGAGGCAGUGAACGAGUUCGUGAGUUAUGCUCCCCGGCGAAAGACCCAUCAAAGCGGCAAAACAACUUCUGACCCCGCCAGAUACUUUGCUAUCGAGCCUGGAUGUGUGACAGAGGCUUGCUUUAAAACAAAGAAAGUAGAUAUGCUAGGCCAGGCUGAGUCGACGAUUGUGGUCCAAAUCGAUGGCUUGAGUAUGAUGGCUAGAGAGGGUAAAUCGUGUGCGGGUGACGUCGCUGAGUGUCAGUUGGAGUCUGCACGCAUGCGCAUCGAUUUGAGGAAGGACUUUGAGGCUCAUCUAGUCAUAUUCGACCAGGCUGAUGAUUGCCUACUCUACAGCGGUGCCAUCACUGCUGGCCUCGGCUGCAAAUAUGAAUGGCCGAAAAUCAUGUUCUUGGGCUUCUCUCCACUAUCUUCCAAGACUCCAGUACUGGCAAUAAAGUGUCCGACUCAUGUGGCCUUCGCCUCCCUCUGUGGUGCUCUAGACAAGGUCCAGGCUGAACGCCGUUUGAAAAAGAAAAUCCCCGGCAUGGCCGAGAAAGCGGAGUUCUAUGACGUUGAGAAUGAUAAUGAAUUAGCGGAGCGAAGCGAGGAGGUGGAGGCAUCCUCAUCUUCGUCCUCGGAUGCCUGGUCGAGUGAUGAUGAAUACGGUAGUUCGCCAGUGAAGACAUACCCUGGGAAGAAAGGUGCACGGACUGCAGGAGUGGAGAGCAAUAAGCUGAUGGGCACGUCGAAGAGAGUCGGAGGAGAUAGAGCAUUCGUAUGGCGAACUAAGGUGAUGAACAGGAGGCAGGCAGCUAGACACGAAGUCGGUGGAGGUGCGAACAUGAAUGUUCUGAGGAUGGAUGCUGACGGACUGGAGCAAGUUACACAAAUUAACAAUGUAGUUUGGGCUUGUCAAUNNNNGGCCUCUGGUCACAAUUCAGGUCUAAAGCCCUAA